AUGCGUCGGAUUUUAAUAAAUUGUUUGCUUUUAGCAAGUUUAGCUCUAGCUUUACCAAAUGGACGAAACAAAAGAGACUUUUCGUAUCUCAGAAACUUGGCGCAGAAAAUACUUUACGGAAACAAUGAAAUCAAUAUUGAAUUGACUCCAUCAUCUGAAGAAGCUAAAGAUACAAAUAAAUUCAGGCUAUACGAAGUACCUGGUUAUGAUAUUCUAAUUAAAGUACCAGUCGAUGAUGAAGGACAAUAUAAUGGAGAGGUACCAGUCAAUUUGAAUGCCUUUGGGGCAACAGUCGGUACCAAUACUCAUGGAAACACCUUCCAUGCUUUACGUAAUGUAAACAAUCUAGUGUCAUCUGGUAUUUUAAAUGACAACCAUGAUCAAAUGUUAAAAGGGUCUUUUGCACCUAUUUUUCCAAAUAAUUAUGAAGCAAAUGAAUCUCAUGAACAAGAUAUAGACUUAGCGACAGUCGGAGAGCCAGAUUAUACUGAAGAAAAUAGAUCUUAUGAAGAGGUUAAUGAUUUAACCCGACCAGGAACUAUAAUAAGGCCAUAUAGUGAAGAGCAGAGUGAAGAAACACCAAUGGUGUUUACGAAUCAAAACGAACCGGUUGUUAAUGUACCAGAAGCAAUUGAACCACACUCAGAUUUACCAAACUGCGACCAAGUGAGGGUUGACACCGGCGUUAUGCUUCGGCCUGAACAAUAUCAAGUAGUACCUGUACCAGAGCCUUAUCCUGUACCUUCACCAGCGUUUGUAAACGUCUUCUAUCCAAAUCCAGCGGACCAAAAUACCAAGGAUCCAAAAACAACUGGUCAUUAUCAUCAUAAGCAUCACAUUCCUCAUCAUCGUCCGUCGCACCAUCGUCAUCACCACCACAGGCCUCAUCACCAUGGACAUAAUAAAACAAUCGAAAACUCAGCGGAUAAUGGGACUACAGCUGAUGAUAAAAGGAACGGAUCAAUAACGGAGGACCCCAUUAAUUACAGAGUUCAAUUUGUAUCUCGUGUAUCCAAUACGGAAACUUUCCAAGGAAUAAACACAGGACAAACUCUGAAUAAUACCGCUGUAAAUAAUGCCACUAAUCCCAUUGGUGCAAACUAUGGCUCCAACCAAUUUGUUUAUAGAAAUCAAGACAAUCUUAAAAUGGUAACUUACGAAGACAAGUUGAAGACCAAUAAUGGUAGUAUUAAUAAGUCCCCAGUUACCAACUUAAAGGAUAAAGUUUCUGAAGAUGUAAAACAAAAUACAUCCUCAAACGUAACGGAUGACCAAAACAAUAAUAACUCUACGGCUAGUGAAAAGGCAGGAAAUGAAAAUGGCAGAGAAUUCACACCGGAACGAUCAGGUAAUAAUCAUGUUCAUCAUCAAUCAAGACAUCCGUCUUACCGAGGUCAUCACCAUCAUCGGCAUCAACAUCCCCAUCAUCAGCACCACGGUCAUCACCACGCCUUAAACCAUCAUCUUUUACCUUUCCAAAUACCGCCUGUUUCUAAUUCAAACCAAAACCCAAGUGAAUGGCUUGAGCAUAGUAACGAAAAAAAUGAAGCUCCCGAAAAUAAAACUCCAGAGGAAGUACCCCUACAGCGAUUUGAAGACAACUUGAAGCCUGUUGAAAAUGGAACAGACAGCAGUGUUACUUCCACAACAGAAAACACUAUUACAGGUCACGAAGACACAGCUGAUCUAAAUAAGCAGACACAGACUCGUAGACCAAUGUCAACCGAUGAAGAUCCCCAAGAUCCGAAUGCUUCAUUCUCUGAACGAUUAAAAAAUAUCCACCUUCAUCACAGAACAGGACAUCCGUCUAGAAGACACCCACAUCACCACCGCAGGGGUCACCACAUCCACUUCAAUAAACCCACAAGUAAUAAUGGGCUGUUAGCAAACCUCUUUGAUCAUUAUCCAGAAUUAAAACAAAUGAUGAAUGAAAACACUCUGCAUACGAAUACUCCCAAUGUUGCUGAAGAAACUACAACGGAAACUUACGAUAAAUUCAAAAAUAGUGAGUGGAAUACAAAUGCAAAAACCAAUGAUAAUAUUGAAGACCAAAACAGUCCAUCAAAAGAAGAGAAUAGAAGUGACACUGGAGACAGUGGAUCCAAAAAUAGGGGCGACGUUCCAGAUGAAUAA